AUGGUGGAGACGCAGUGGUUCGCUACCAUCAUGGCCACAGUGGUCUUGACCAACUCCGUAGUCAUAGGUCUGGAAUUGGAGCUGAAAAAUGUCGCGCCCGCCGUGUUCUCUAUCACCAACAACGGUUUCUUGCUCAUCUACAUGUGUGAAAUCUUUCUCCGAUUCUUAGCACGCGGCCUUCCCGCAAUCAAAGACGCUCUCACUUGCCUCGAUAUUGCACUGGUUCUCCUGACCUUCGUGGAGCGCAUGGCUGCAGGGGCUUCUAUGGCCAGAUCGCUGCCAUCAAUUCGGUUGCUCAGGUUGCUUCGGCUUAUCCGUGCCUUCAAGAGCAUGUCGAAGUCAAAGGAGCUUAUCGUAUUGCUUGGUGGGACCAGCAAGGCUGCAAGGACGUUGUUGUGGACCGUGCUAUUCCUGUUCUCCAUUGUGUGGACCGCUGGCGCUUGUACGCGACAGGUUAUCGGAAGAUCAGCGAUGUGGAACGGUAGCACAAAUCCGCUGCAGCAGUUUGAGCCAUUUGAGUCUUUCGACAACCGCGAAUACUUCGGAAACAUUUGGAUGAGCUUCUUGACAAUGUUCCAGGUGGUCACUGGUGCGCAGUGGGCGGACCACAUUGGGCGCCCGGUGGUUCUCAAGUAUCCUGGACUAGCCAUCUUCUUCGCAUUUUUCUUGCUGAUGACCACGUUCGGCUUGGUGACCUGUAUCAUCUCGAACAUUGUCCAGGAUUCCUUGGAGUCAUCGAGAGCCUUUGAGAAGGCCCUGAAGGAGAUCGAGCGAGAAAACCGACGCUUGUCCGGCCUCAGGGCCCGGCGCUUGCUCUUGCUGAUCGAUGAGGAUGGCGACGGGGAACUGAACCUCUCUGACCUGGAAAAAGCCUUGGCAAAUGAGGAGUUCGUUGAGAUCCUCAGGCUCCUUGAGGUGCCCGUAAUGAACGCAGAGAAUCUCAUGCGGCUGUUUGACCGUGUGGGGCGCGGGCACGUAAGCUUCACGGAGCUGGUUGAGGGCAUUACUUCCAUGCUUGAGGACAUCAAUCCCAAAGACUACACCAAGCUUGCCCUGUGGUCCGACAGUUUGAUGAAGCGGAUGGAAAUGCUGGAGCAGCGCUGCAAUUUUUUGGCGGAGAUGGUACUCGAUUUGCGACGACAGAUUGAGGAAUGCUUCAACUGCUUGGCCCUGUUUAUUGACUCGCGUGAGAACACGGAGCUCUACUAUCGGGCUUUGCGUGCCAUUCGUUCAGCGCCUCCUCCGGUGCCUGUCGACAUUCGUGAAGCUUUGGGCCUCGAGAUCAAGAAAGAGAAGUUGGCAGAGAAUGAAGCGGAAGCGCUCAUGAACUUUGCAAGGCGCUACAUCGCACCCAAGCAGCAUGCGAAGAAGAAAGUUCUCCAAGACGAUUCCGAUGGCUCUCCCAGGUCUCCUUCACCACAGGGGUCCUGGCACAGCGGGCUGCGUGUGGCUGCCACACUGACAUGCCACAAAGCAGUCCUGGCCGAGCCCCCGCCGCCGCGGCAAGUGGAUGUUGCUCGCCAGUUGCAAGAGCAGAAGCAGGCAGCCGAGACGGAUAUGCAGUACACAAUCAGCAGAGAGAACGCGUUCAGGUCGGCUCAGAAGUUCUCUUCUUUGAAAGACUUGCUGGGUGGCCUCUGA